AUGACGUAUUCCCUCAAAAUCUCAACCGUGAUUAUAGUCCCCGACAGAAGAUCUCUAGAAGCCUUUGCGCAGUUUGAUGCUGAGGGGGAUGGCACAGUGGAUGUGGAGAACAUGCUGGAGGCCCUCAAAAAUUCCAGUGGAGCCAAUCUUCAAGGGGAACUUAGUCAUGUAAUUAGGCAACUGCAGGCUUGUUCACUAGUUCCAGGUUUUAUUGACAUAUUUUCUGAAUCAAAAGAACGCCUUGGCCACCAUGCUUCAAUGAUCCUGAGAUUCUUGCACCGGAACCGUAUUUCCAAUACUGCCAUCCCAUAUCCAGUGUUGGACUACUUCAAUAAUAUUUGUACUAUGCGGUCUUCUGUACUGAAGGAGUCUUUGGAUCGGCUUCUACUAAAAGAAAAGGGAUUUCCUAGCGAUCUGAAUGGUAAUCAAGAAUCAGACAGACUCAAGUCAGUCACAAAGUGCUAUACCAACAUAGAAACCUCCUCCAACUCAGCUGAUGUUGACAAAAUGACAAAUGGAGAAACUACAUCGUUUUGGCAGUCAGAUGGGAGUGCUCGCUCUCAUUGGAUACGUUUAAAGAUGAAACCAGAUGUUGUUCUGAGACAUCUGUCCAUUGCAGUGGCAGCUAAUGACCAGAGUUAUAUGCCACAGCAAGUUACGGUGGCAGUUGGAAGGAAUGCCAGCACUCUCCAGGAGGUCCGAGAUGUUCACAUUCCCAGCAAUAUCACUGGCUACGUAACAUUGUUGGAAAACGCUAACAUUAGUCAGAUGUAUGUACAGAUAAACAUCAAACGUUGCCUUAGUGAUGGGUGCGAUACCAGAAUCCAUGGACUCAGGGCUGUCGGCUAUCAAAGAAUUAAAAAGGCUGGUGUCUCAGUAUGUGAUGCUUCUGCUAUUUGGUACUGGUCUCUGCUGACUUCACUUGUUACAGCUUCCAUGGAAACUAAUCCAGCCUUUGUUCACACUAUUUUACAAAAUACUCAGAAAGCGUUGCAACAUAUGCCACCACUGUCCCUGACAGCUGCUUCUACAGACUUUUCAAGUUUUUUGUCUCCCAGUGUGCUGGAGGAAGUAGAUAGCUUUCUUAUAAGAAUAACCAGUUGUUGUGCCACUCCAGAGGUAGAACUUACACUGUUGGCUUUUGCCUUAGCCAGAGGUAGUGUUGCCAAAGUUUUAAGUUCGCUCUGUACAAUCACUGAUCAUCUGGACACGCCAUAUAAAGCUUCAUCACUUAUUGCUUCCAUGGCAACAGUUAGACAAAAUCUGCUUUAUAAAUAUGGAAAACCGUUACGGCUAACUCUGCAAGCAUGUGAUGUAAAGGGGAAGGAAGAUAAAUCAGGGCCUGAAAACCUCCUUGUGGAGCCGUGGACUGGGGAUGGUUUUCUUACUGAGACUGGAAAGACCAGAGCAAGCAUCAUUCUCUCUACAGGAACUGAAUGUUUGUUCCAGGUGACACAAAUUAGAGUAAAGGUACGGAGAGGUGCCAUUGGGGCCCAGUGUGGGCUGGUGUUUUCCUAUAGUAGCUCCUCAGAAAAAUUUAAUGCAGAGGAACAUUUUAAAAGAUUUGAGAGAUAUGACAAGUGGAAGCUACAAGAAUUCAGGCAGUUUUUAAAAAACAGAAGCACUUCUUCAUGUGAUGAGUUGGGAGAAGAUGAUCCUGUUGGCUGGUUUGAGGCAGAAGAAGAAUGGGAUGAAGUGGAUGUCAGAAUGCAACAGUGCAGAGUUUCCCAAUAUUUAAUGGUGAAGUUCUUGUGCACGAGACAAGAUACAGCAGAGCGGCUUGGAGUUCAAGGCCUGAACAUUCUUGGGUAUCUUCGGGCUGCAGGAGGGGAGCCCAGCAGAAGCAUGAACUGUCUGAAAUGCAAAAAACCCGAUAACGAUGCCAUUUGUGGAACAGCUCUUCUCUUGAAGACGCUUUAUUUCAUCCAACAACUUGCCCAGGACCUGGUUCAACAGAAAGAGAGUGGAUUAAAGUACAGAUCAUUCUUGGAUUUCACAGGACUUGACUUGCAGCUCUUUUGGAAUUUUUACAAUAAACUACAUCAAAACCCCAGGGAAGAAUGCAUCUAUGCUCAGACUCUGCUAUUGCAGCUUCUGCAGAGUUGUUUCUCUGUACUUACUGAAGACAAUAAAAAUAUUACAUCUCAAGGAGCUUCUCACAGUGAAACAUCUGGCUACAAAGAAGCUUCGCAGGAGCUCUAUAGGCAUCUGUGUAAAGUAGUGGACGUGAGCAGUAGCAACUCUGUGCCAAUGAAAAUGUUAAAGCAGGAAGUUCAGAACACAUUACUCAAAGGAGCAGCAAUCUUUUUCCCAGAUAGACAAACCAGACGGGACCAGCUCUUCACCAUGAUGAAAAAUAUUACAGAACACGAACACACACAAUCUGUACAACUUACCUUCAGAUCCCUGUGUACCUAUUUCAGUGACCAGGAUCCAGCCGGACUUUUAUUAUUACCAGACAAGGGAAGUUUUGCAGACUUUGAUAUCAACCAGGUGCUGUCAGUCAUGGAUAUUCUUCUGUUGGUAGCAGCAAGAGAGUGUGAAAUGAUGAUGCUGGAUAUUGCCCAGCAGGAGAGUGGCACAGUGCUGUCUUCUUUAUUCUGGUCAGUUCAAGGUAGCCUUCUUUCAUGGUGUUACCUACAACUGAAGGGCAGUGAUAAUGCAUCGAAGAACCUUGCCAUAGAAAUCCUUAGUAAAUAUGUGGGUAAGUUCCUGUCAAAUAUCAGAACAAUUUUAGAGUCGCUUUUAUCUCAGUACAGUGGCAAAAGCAUAGUGGAAAAAUUAAGUGACUCUGUCUUUGCAAUGGCAACUCGUCAGCUGGUGAUCUUCUUGUUGGACUUCUGUGCUUUAGACAUUCCACACUGUAACCUAUUACAGCUCUUCAGCACCCUGACAGAGCCACUGAAGAACCUUUGCAGCGAACCAGAUAAGAUGGAAAUGGAAAGCUGGCAGCAAGAACAACCUGUGGCACUGCGAACAUGGACAAUGGAAUCUCCUCACAACUAUGAAAAUAAUUGCCAUGUGGUCUCAGUCUUCCUUUGUCAUGGAGCAACUUACUUUGAGGUGGAGUUUGAUGAAAAAUGUGAAACAGAAAGGAGGUAUGAUUAUCUGGAAUUUACUGAUGCCAGAGGUGCAAAAACUCGUUACGACACAAAGGUUGGGACUGAGAAGUGGCCCAAGAAAGUGACCUUUAAGGCUGGCCCACGGCUGCAGUUCGUCUUUCGCUCCGACACCAGUAAUAAUGAGUGGGGCUACAAGUUCUCCGUCACUGCUUAUGGCUUGCCAGAUGUCGCCGUUUCAUGGGGCUUGGAUUUACAGCUUCUUGUAUCCAGGUUGAUGGGGCGCUUGGCUUCUCGGAGUAUGGCACUGAAAUCCCUCUGGGAUGCUGGUUGCGAAGUAGAGUUGCCUCCUUCAAAAGUGACCCCAGUUCUUAAUUCUCCAUUAUGGAAGCCUGUCUUCAGGCAUCAGAUGUGUCCCGAGGCAAGUUUGAGAACGACUGAACACAGUCAGCUGCGCCAAAAUAAAAAAGAGACUAAGAACUGCCAUGCAGACGACUGUCGGUACUUUCUCAUCGAAUUUGCAAAAUCAGAUCCUGCCCAGGAUUUCUGUGGGCAAAAUUCUGAGCUUUUCAAAGGACUUAUACAGGCAUGUAAAAAACAGACCCCAAAGACAGAUAUAGUUGCUGGUUCCACUGUUGAUCAAGCUGUGAACUCCACAUUUGCUGCUUUGGUGUAUCUCACUCCAGAUUUAUAUGGGAAGCUUCAGAAAUAUGUCGACAGUGGAGGCAAGGUGCCUUUGACUGAAGAAUUUGCACAUGUAUAUUCGCUGGCUGAUGGCAUUAGAAUAUGGAUGUUAGAAAUGAAGCAGAAGUCCCUGAUGAGUAAGGGAAAUGAUACUGAUGAGAAACAGAAUGUGGAAACAACUGAGAUGAACCCUGAAGCUCUUGCAAAGCUCUGUAUACAGAAGAGCCUUUUGUUACUGAAUUUUUUGCCGGUAAGAGCAAAGGGUAAAGACCUUGCUUCAGAUGUCUGGGAGACACAAGAUCAAGAGGAUAUCAAACAGUAUCACAAUAAUAAGCUUCAAGGGACAAGUUCUAUUGUAGAAGCAGAUUUCCAAGCAUCAGGCUCACUAUCUUCCUGUGGAGUCGUUCAUCCUGUUUCUGAAGACUCUGACACAAAGGUGAAGCAUGUGCCAGAUAUGCCACAAAUUGAAGCAAACGCUGCAUUUCAGAAAAAGCCCCUUGAAAAUACAGCUUCACAGCAAGAGGAUGCAUCAUCUCCUCCCUCCACCCCAACUCGCAAACCUCAGUUCAGCCGUGGAAGACUAAGGCUACUUUCUUUUAGAUCAAUGGAAGAGCCUAAAUCUGUUCCCACUGUGAAGGAGAAAUAUCCCAUCUUGAAAAACAUCUUAGACUUUAUUAAGGAUCAGUCACUUUCCCAUGAAAGCAUUUUAAAGGUCCUCACUUUAAGAAAAGCCCAAGGUCAGAGUAUCUUGGAAGUGCUGAAAACAGUCCGCCAGUGCCUAGAAUCCCUUGGACAGCCACACUGUUUCUAUCCGUCCUGUAUACUCUUCCUUUUGGAACUUUUAGCCUGCCAGAAAGACUUCACCAAUUAUUUUGGAAACUCUGAAGGCUGUGGUGCUGAGCUGCACAAAGGAAUUCGACAAUCCUACUAUCAGCUGGUUUUAUUUUUGGUCAAUGCCACGAAGGAAUUUAGUAACAUAAAUGACAGAUCAUUGCUCCCUGCCUUAUCCUGUGUGCAGACAACCCUCCUUCACCUUUUGGAUAUGAGUUGGGAACCAAAUGAUCUUUCCUUCUUUGUUGAAAUACAGUUACCACAUCUCCUCAUGACCAUGUCACAAGAAAACAUAAGUAUUCAUGACAAUGUGAUUAGUCAGUGGAGUGAAGAAGAUGAAAUUACAGACUACAGGCAAAAUUGUGAGUGGAUGGAUGAGUGUCAGGAUAUAACGUUUGAGACCUGGUAUGAAAAGAUAGCUCAAGCAGACCCUGAGAAGCAGAGACAGAUGCACAUGUUUGUUGCUCGUUACUGUGACCUGUUGAAUGUAGACAUAUCCUGUGACGGUUGUGAUGAGAUUGCACCAUGGCAUCGCUACCGCUGUCUACAGUGUAAUGACAUGGAUCUGUGUAAAACUUGUUUCCUAGGUGGAGUUAAACCUGAAGGUCAUGAAGAUGACCAUGAAAUGGUUAAUAUGGAGUAUGCCUGUGAUCACUGUCAAGGUGUUAUUAUUGGUCGUCGGAUGAACUGCAACGUUUGUGAUGACUUUGAUCUUUGUUAUGGAUGUUAUUCGGCCAAAAAGUACUCUGACAGUCACCUGCCCACUCACAGCAUCACAGUGUACCCGAUGGUAACAAUUCGAAUCAGUGAUCGACAGAGGCUUAUCCAGCCUUACAUCCACAACUAUUCGUGGCUGCUGUUUGCUGCUUUGACGCUCUACAGUGCAGACCUGGCCAGUGGGGAAGAAGUAGAAGGAGAAAAACUUGAGCCACAAGUCCUCAGUCAUGCCAGAGAUCUGCAGCGUCAGUGCAUACAACUCCUUGGAGACUGCCUAAUGAAAGCCCAGCACGGAAAAGGUUUGAAAAAUUUAGCUCUCCUCUGCAUGUUGCCAGAAGGUGAAUCUUUCCCCAAAAAUGAGACCACUUCCAUGAAUGGUGCUAAGGAGGAACGUGGUGAUGAGAAACCAGUCAAGGGAACUGAUAAGAGGCCAAGCAGAAGCUCUCUUACAUAUCACAGUGGGAAAGGUGAUCAUUGUAAUGAAAUGGAACCUCCUAUAGAUAAGCAAGGUGGUGAAGGAAAUCUUAAUGCUGCCUUAGCAAAGAAAGCUGUUUUGAGACCGGAUUCAAGCUUGUCCGCAGAUAACAUAUCUUCAGUACUUCCAGAUGAUAAUUCAGAAGAUCCAUCCCAAAAGCUGGGAGAGAAGGCUUUAACACCUAGCCACGAACAGGUCUUUGCUGAAUGUUCUCAGAAGAGGAUUCUAGGACUGCUGGCAGCUAUGCUACCCCCCUUCAAAUCUGGCUCUACAAUGUCCUUGGUUAACUUGGACCAGAUCCUCCCACUGAUGUUUCAGGUUGUAAUCUCCAAUGCUGGCCACUUAAAUGAAACCUAUCAUUUAACUCUGGGGCUUCUGGGCCAGUUAAUUGUGAGACUUAUGCCUGCAGAGGUCGAUGCUGCAGUGACAAAGGUCCUUUCAGCCAAACACAGCCUGUUUGCUGCAGGAGAUGGGUCUACAGUGCUGGAAGGAUGGAAGACAACUCAUCUUCUCUUCAGUCUGGGAGCGGUGUGCUUGGACAGUCGUGUAGGUCUGGACUGGGCAAGCUCCAUGGCAGAUAUUCUUCGGGCACUGAACUCCUCUGCACAGUGGCAUAGUGUAAUCGCUGCUUUCACAGAUCAUUGCAUUAAGCAGCUGCCCUUUCAGCUAAAACACACCAAUAUCUUUACCUUAUUGGUACUUGUUGGGUUUCCAGAGGUGCUGUGUAUGGGAACUCGUUCUGUGUACAUGGAUAAUGCCAACGAGCCUCAUAAUGUAAUAAUCCUGAAACACUUCACGGAAAAAAACAGGGCAGUUGUUGUAGACAUCAAAACCCGAAAGAGGAAAACAGUAAAAGACUACCAGUUGGUCCAGAAAUGUGGACAAGAAAGCAGCGAGUCCCAAACCCAGCUGAGACAGUAUCUCCAGCACUUUGUCUUUAUAACUAGUCACCUUAUGCAGACCAGCAUGGACAGCAGUUAUGCAGAGGCAGUAGAAGCAACCUGGGUCUUGUCUCUUGCUCUUAAGGGAUUGUACAGAACACUUAAGGCUCAUGGCUUUAAAGAGAUCCAAGCUGCCUUUCUCCAGUCUGGUUUACUUAAACUGCUGGUUAAAAAAUGCAGCAAAGGAACUGGCUUCAGUAAGACAUGGCUUCUCAGAGACCUGGAGAUUUUGUCAAUAAUGCUGUAUUCCUCAAAGAAGGAGAUCAGUUCCCUGGUUGAACGUGAAGACACAGAGCUGGAAGAAAGAGACCAAGAUCAGGAUGUCGAUCAGUCCUUUGGUCCCACUGAUCUGGAUCAGAACAAACUCGAUCCUCUAGAAGGCUUGGAUGAAGCAACAAAAAUAUGCUUCUUGAUGACACACGAUGCACUCAAUGCACCUUUGCAUAUUCUUCGAGCCAUGUAUGAGCUGCAGAUGAAAAGAACAGAUUCUUUCUUCCUAGAAGUUCAAAGGAGGUUUGAUGGGAAUGUAAUCGCAACAGAUGAGAGGAUCCGAACGCUGGCCCAGAAAUGGCAGCCCAGCAAACGUUUGAAGUUGGAAGAGCAGAGUUCAAAAGCAGUAGAUACGGAUAUGAUCAUCUUGCCAUGCUUGUCGCAGCCUGUGCUCUGUGAUAAAGCAACUGAAGAAACCAACCCCAUCACGCAGAAACUGAUAACCAACACAGAGAGUGACCUCCAGCUUAGUUAUGCAAAACAGCGCCGCACCAAAAGUUCGAUACUCUUGCACAAAGAGCUGGAUUCUAGAAGCAAAAAAGCUGUGAGGGAUUACCUGUAUCGGGUGAAUGAAGCUACUGCUGUACUUUAUGCCAGGCAUGUAUUAGCCUCAUUGUUGGCUGAAUGGCCAGAUGAUGUGGCUAUAAAUGAAGAAACCCUGGAUCUCAGUGGCCCAGCACACAUGACUUACAUUUUGGACAUGCUUAUGCAGCUGGAGGAGAAACAGCUAUGGGAGAAGAUCCUGCAGAAAGUGCUGCGCAGAUGCAAUGACAGCAUGCUGGGGACAAUGGCGCUGACAGCCUGUCAGUUCAUGGAAGAACCUGGCAUGGCAGUCCAAACACGAGAAUCCAAACAUCCCUACAACAACAACACAAAUUUUGAGGAUAAAGUUCACAUCCCUGGUGCCAUCUACCUCUCAAUCAAAUUUGAUUCUCAGUGUAACACAGAAGAGGGCUGUGAUGAAUUACUCAUGUCAAGCAGCAGUGACCUGCAGCAGGAUAGGCACAGUUUCAGUGGGUCUCCACAGAAAUGGACUGAUUUUGAGCUUCCAGGAGAUACACUCUAUUACCGGUUUACCUCUGACAUGAGUAACACUGAGUGGGGUUACAAGUUUACAGUGACAGCUGGUCACCUUGGAAGGUUUCAGACAGGUUUUGAGAUUCUGAAACAGAUGCUAUCAGAAGAAAGGGCAGUUCCACACCUUCCACUGGCCAAAAUCUGGAAAUGGCAGGUAGGAGUAGCAUGUCGUCAGACUGGGCACCAGCGUCUGAAGGCUAUCCAUUUACUGCUCAAGAUAGUGCAGUGCAGCAACCAAAGGGACUGUGAUCUCACCUUGUUGAAGCCACUCUGGCAGCUUUUCACCACCAUGGAAAACAACCUGUGUCAUGACAUGACCAAGCCUGGCAUCCUCCUUCCCCUUCAUCGUGCACUCACCGAACUCUUCUUCAUUACAGAAAAUAAAGCUAAUGAACUUGGAUCUCUGCAGGACUACUUGCUUGCCUUAAAUACCGAAGAUCACCUUCACCGCUGCACAGCACAGGCCCUGAAAAACAUUGCUGCUAUCAGCCUUGCCAUUAACUAUCCCAACAAAUCAACAAGUUUCUGGAAUGUCUAAUACUGGCCGGAGUGCAUGGGAUAGAAUAGUUUGUCCAUAGGAACCUUGGAACAAACAUCUUAACUCCAUUCAGGAAAAAGAUCCUUAAGCUUCAAUGUAUGAGCACUCUACAGCCUUUCUUCCUUCCACUUUGAUGUAGAAUUUGUAAAAGUAAAAGCGCACUUCAAAGAAAAAGCACAUUUUGGAGUAACUCAUGCGUCACCUGCAGUUACGUAUGCACAUAUUGUAGCAUGUUAGAGUAAACAGAACAGUGUUUUUUUUUUAUUCAGAAGAAGCAAAUGAGAGAAGAUUACCUGAAGUGUGAGAAUGGAAGGCUCUGUGCUGGUAUCAUCUGCUCCCAAGAAACUGGAAAAUGAAAGCUUUAAAAGUCUUGCCGAACUUAAGCUAGUGCCACUAGCAGAAUCCGCUUUUCUUUGGAAGUGAAAUAGGCAAAGCAGACUCUUGGCGGGCUGCAGAAAUGGCACAUGCUUGAAUCCUGCUAGGUUUCAUUUUGCUUUUGAAAGCCACUACUCGUGGAGGAAAACUUCAGAAGCUAAUCCAUUACUAAACUUCAGUACAAACAGCAGUUAAAGAAUUCCUGUGGCAGAGUACCCUUGUGAGAAGUGAACGGUUCUACUGUUCUCGUUUUGUCAACCACCUGAUCUGAUCCUAACUUGUCUCCAAUACAUUUUUCUGGUGUCGGGCAGAAACAGCAAUAGCUGCCCUUGGAGAAGCUCAAGAAGAGGUUGUAUGGGAAACUGAGGAGUGCUGGCUGUGAUACAUAGCUUGUGUGUUUCCUAAAGAUCACAUAUUUACAAGAAAUUAUUCCUGACAUUUUUUUUUAACUCUUUGGGUACUGAUGGCUCAGGAGCUUUUUCUGACAAAUGCUGGGGAAACCCUGAUUCCUGGCAUUAAGUGGUGAGGAUUAGUGACUAACCUGACUUAUAUAGCAAUAACUGCAUUACUCCUGCUGAAUGUGGAAUAAAUACAAGACCUCUGUUGAAAUAAAUUGGCUUUAAUCUUGCCCAAAUAAGCUGGUUAUUCCCUUUCCAAAGACAACUGCAAGGAGCUUGGAGGGAUUUGUGUGCUAAAUAUCUGACUAGUUUUCUGAAUGUAAAGUCUUCAGAACUCUUGGAUGUAGAUUUUUCCCUUGUUCCCCCCUCCUCCCCCCCGCAAAAAAAAAAAAAA